UGUGUGCACGUCGAGGUCGAAGUGGAGGGGGUGCCGGCCAACGCUUGGAACCUGUCCAUGGCGGAGGCGAUCCUGGCGCCGGCGGCCUGGGUGGAGCGGCUGCACCCGCUAACGAGGUCCCGCGCGGACAUGGGCACUUUUCGGUUAUCGGCGUGGUGCCUCGACCCCGCGCUGAUCCCGAAGGAGGUUGAUCUCCACAUUGUGGAGCCGGAUGAGCCACCGUCGCUUGAGGACUUGGCGGCGCCGGCGCAGGCGGUCGUGCCGCCACACAUCAACACGUUGGCUUAUCCGCUGAUCGUCCAUGUGACCCGCACCGUCGACUUCCGCCGCAACGCUCCGAACAGCAAUGCCGGCGGCCGUGCACACGAUGGUGAUGGAAGCACCCCGGCAUGGCCAACACGCCGCCAAUACAACUACACGCGCGGGGUUCCUGACACCCUGCCAGGGAGCGGCGGAGGCGGUGAUCGCGAGGCAUCUGCUUCCUCCGGGCAAGGUGGCGGCAGCCGCGGUGGCUCCACGAGGGUCCUGUCUUCAGGGGCAGUCGUGGGUGCGCCGGCGGCCGCGCCAUUGCUGCGGAGCAAGCGGAGGAGGCGUGGAGGGCGCAAGGUCCGUGAGCUGCGGGCACGCGCCGCUGCACAAGCCGCCGGUGAUGGCGCUGACGUCGGUGAGGCUGCCAUUGGCGCCGUGGCUGAACAAAGAGACGUUGCGGAGAGCGCACAGGCGCUGGCCAUUGGAAACACGGAGGAGCUGGCUAGGUCUGCUGAGAGCGCCAUUGAGCCGGACGAGCUGGAGGUUGCCGUGGGAACCGUCUUGGUGCGAACGCCGGCGAGGAGCGCCGCCACCAUAUCGGUCGUGGGCGCCAUGGAUGCGCACGCACCGGCUGCUUCCAGCGCCAGGGACGUGGUGGGCGCGGUCCACAGGCCGACGUGGACGGAGAUGGACCCAGUCCAUGCACCGGCGCUCCAGUCGCUGGACCUGGUCGCGGUCAACGAUCGGUCCAAAGGAGCGGGCUGCGUCAGGGUGGGGCCAGUGGAGGGCCAGAGGAGGCUGUUGGGCGCGCCCGAGUCAGCUUUGUCGGCGCCGUUGGACGGAUCUGGUCCAAAAGGGAAGGCGGUUUCAAAUCAUGCUGCAGGCGAUGGGGCCAGCGCCAGUGCAGGAAGGUUCCAGGUGGGUGGGAUUUUCGUGCCGUUGGGCGGCUCUCCCGCGCCUCCGCGCGCCAACGAGCGGGAAGAGGAGCCCCCUUCUGUCCAAAGGCUGACGCUGGAGGACCUAGCUGGGCCUUUCAUCCCCAGGUCGCUGCUGGGCCUGGCCGCUUUUGCCAGCCCGCCCCCUCCUGUGGCUGGGGAUGGUGCUGGGCCGGAAUCCGAGGGCGAUGGGAUCUUGGGCCAAGUCGUGGACAGCUCCCCGUCAUGGGAUGUGCUUCCCUGCCAAACCCUAACACUGUCGCGGCCGAUGCUCGACGCUGACAAGGGGAAGGCUCUGGUUGACGACGACGCGGUGGACGAGGAGAUCCUGGCAGACCCGGCCCCACAGCGCACGGUAGAGGACGACUACACUGCCCCUGGCGGCCCCUCUCCGGCUGUGUGUCGCUUUGCCUCGCCACCGAUGGUGUUCCAGAGAACGCGACAACCCUUGGUACCUAGGGUACCGACGGUUCUGGCGCGACCAAGGACGCUUGGGGAGUUCCUUGAAGCUGCGAAAUCGCGCUCGGAUGCUCUCCUCCAAACCCCUGCUGUUAGGCGACGGUUGGUGGAGCUGAACUUUCAGCCGCGCCGGAGCUCCAGGAUCGCGAAAUAA